CUAGUGCUGUGCGCUCCAGACCGACCGUCACCUGUGGGUGGGGGGGACGAGUGGGUUUGGUUGUCGUCAUGGCGACGGCGUGGGUGGCCACAGCCCUGAGGUCUGCUGCGGCGGCCAGAAGGCUGCGCAGCCCGGGAGGUCCCGGGGGCUCACGGAGACUGAGCGGUAGCGCACGGCGGCGCGGGGCGAGAAGCGCCAGCCCGGGACGCAGGCUCAGCACCGCCAGGGCUCACGUAGAGGACACCGAGGGCGCUAAGGGUCGUGUCCAGUCUCCUGCCGUCGAGGAGCCGUCCUGGACACCUCUUCCAACGCCCCUCGAAUCUCCUGCGCCUCCCGCCGGCAGAUCACUGGUGCAGCGGGACAUCCAGGCCUUCCUGAAUCAGUGUGGUGCCAGCCCGGGGGAGGCACGCCACUGGCUCACACAAUUCCAGACCUGCUACCAUUCGGUGGACAAGCCCUUCGCCGUCAUAGAGGUAGAUGAGGAGGUGUUCCGGUGCCGGCAGGCGGUCUCCCGCCUGGCUUUCGCCCUAGCCUUCCUGCAACGCAUGGACAUGAAGCCGCUGGUGGUCCUGGGGCUGCCGGCCCCCACGGCACCUUCAGGCUGUCUUUCCUUCUGGGAAGCUAAGGCACAGCUUGCUCAGAGCUGCAAGGUGCUGGUGGAUGAACUACGGCAUAACGCGGCUACUGCUGUGCCCUUUUUUGGCGGUGGAUCAGUGCUGAGCGCUGCGGAGCCAGCUCCCCAUGCCAGCUACGGCGGCAUCGUCGCGGUGGAGACAGACCUGCUACAGUGGUGCCUGGAGUCCAGCAGCAUCCCGAUCCUGUGCCCCAUUGGGGAAACGGCUGCGCGCCGUUCGGUGCUUCUUGACUCGCUGGAGGUGACUGCGUCUCUGGCCAAGGCUCUGCGGCCCACCAAAAUCAUCUUCCUCAAUAAUUCAGGCGGCCUGCGGAAUACCAGUCAGAAGAUCCUGAGCAACGUGAACCUGCCCGCCGACCUUGAUCUGGUUACCAACGCUGAGUGGCUGAGCGUCAAAGAGCGGCAGCAGAUUCGGCUCAUCGUGGACGUGCUCAGCCGCCUGCCGCACUAUUCCUCCGCAGUCAUCACAGCCGCGAGCACGCUGCUCACGGAACUCUUUAGUAACAAGGGCUGUGGCACUCUGUUUAAAAAUGCUGAGCGGAUGCUGCGAGUGCGUAGCCUGGACAGCCUGGAUCAGGGCCGCCUAGUGAACCUAGUCAACACCAGCUUCGGCAAGAAGCUCCGAGAAGACUAUCUGGAGUCACUGCGCCCUCGGUUGCACUCCAUCUAUGUCUCUGAGGGGUACAACGCGGCAGCCAUUCUGACAGUGGAGCCUGUACUAGGGGGCACCCCAUAUCUGGAUAAAUUCGUGGUGAGCUCCAGCCGCCAGGGCCAAGGUUCCGGACAGAUGCUGUGGGAAUGCCUUCGGAGGGACCUGCAAACGUUGUUCUGGCGCUCACGAGUCACCAAUCCUAUCAAUCCCUGGUACUUCACACAUAGUGACGGCAGCUUCUCCAACAAGCAGUGGAUCUUCUUCUGGUUUGGACUGGCCGACAUCCGGGACUCCUAUGAACUAGUCAAUCAUGCCAAGGGGCUGCCAGACUCUUUCUGCAAGCCAGCUUCAGACCCAGGCAGCUGACCCACCAUCACAGGCCCUGUAAAUCCUGGGUCAGCCAGGAUGGACCAAAAGCCAUGCCUGCUGGGGGUGACCCCAGGCAGCUGAGGGGAGGAAGCUGCACCAUGUCAGCUGAGGGGCACCGGAGUAGGACAAACAACAAGAGCCAGCUAAGGACUUUGCUCCAAAGUCAAACCAGAUGGCCUUCAAUGUUCAGCCUGGAGAAUGGGGCUGGGAUUGCCUUCCGGGGCUCUACUUAAGGUAACCUUAAGGGCAGGCCAGUGUCCAUGGCCUCUGUGCUGUCUUUAGGCUCCGUUGUCUUACAUAGCCAUCUAAGCCUGCCUGAUCUUCCACUCAUUUGGAUCUCAAAAUUCUUCAGGAGGCCUUGAUUAAAUGGAAAAUGCUUGUCUGA